UUAUUUAAAUUGAAAUAAUAAUUUUAAAAUAUUUGGUUAAUUUUACCCUUUUUAUAUGUUAAUUUUACUAUUUUAUUAAUAUGUGUGAGUAAAAUUUGUAAUUAAUGAGAAUUAAUUUUACUGCACUGAAUUUUUAUUUAUAAAAAAUGACUACAUCUAAUGAUUUGACAAGAGUGAAGGGAACGUCCAUUGUUAAGUCAAUUAUAUAUGGGAAUACAGCAAAAUAUUUUGGUCAGAAAAGAGAAGAUGGCCAUACUCAUAAAUGGUCUGUCUAUGUUAGACCUUAUGUCAAUGAAGAUAUUAGCAGUUGGGUUAAAAAAGUACAUUUUAAGUUGCAUGACAGUUACGAAAGUCCUACUAGAGUAGUACAAAAACCUCCAUUUGAAGUUUCUGAGACUGGUUGGGGUGAAUUUGAACUUGUUAUUAAAAUAUUUUUUCAAGAUACAAGUGAAAGACCGGUGACAUUAUACCAUAUCCUUAAGUUGUAUAGUAAUGGUCCAGAUUCUGAAUUAAGUGAAAAACCAGUUUUAUCGGAGUUUUAUGAAGAAAUUAUAUUUCAAGACCCAUCAACUUAUAUGAAAUAUGUUUUAAAUGAUACUAUAAAUAAAAAAUUGCCAAUAGCAGAACAAAAUUUACAUUAUGAAGAAACAAAAAAGACAAUACUAAAUAAAAUUAUAGAAGCACGAAAAAAAGUUCAAAGGCAUACAGUUUUGUAUAAAGAGCGUUUAAAACAACUGAGGGAUACAAUAAAUACAUUCAAAGAUGAAAUCUGUGCAUUACAAUCACAAUGUAGCUCAUCAAAUCUACGUUAA